AUGCCGAUGCUGCUGGCGAUUGUGGCAUUAAACUUGCUGUCUGUAGCUUCGGGGACCGUUUCUGCAUCCUCAAAGCAGUCCGCCGCUAGCAUAACUUGCGACCCGUACUAUGAGGAGCGCAACGAAACGACGGGCCGAUGCGAUUGUCGUAAGGGCUUUAGCGGCUUCGGCUGCCGUAUGUGCUCUACGUCUUCCUCUGACGUCUGCAGCACUUAUUUUGGAUCGGAAUAUUCUUGUGUUAUGGGGCUAAAAUAUGAUGAGCACGCGUCACUCAAGACGUAUGACUGCAUGUUGUCCUCAGAUCUGCAAUCAUUGUUUCCCGACGGUGCGCUGGACGUGCGUUGCGACCGCGACGUUCAGGGUGUGGCCACUUGCUUGGCUGCUGUUUUUGACGCCAAAGAGUCGGUCCGUAGUGUGCACGUCAUUGACUGCAAUAUUACAGAAUGCGCCUUUGCCACGGGCAGCGCCGACGGCGAGUGUGCGCAGAUCGACUGCAAGUGUGGUCCACAGUGCUCAGCAAUGACGAAGGCGCUGGUGGAGACUACUCUAAGCGGCAAGCCAGCCAGGAUCGAGGUAAAUAAUAUGACGCAGCUGGCAAUUAUCAUCGAAGGAUCGCCUAUUCCACUGACGGCGACUUGCAUAGCAUCGGCGUGCGAACGCACAGGAAGUGGCGGAAGUAGCGCAUCCGGUAGUGGAAGUUCCGGUGGUGGGUCCAGAGACUCAAACAGACUCUGGCUUGCCCUCGGGGCUAUCACAACGCUAGUGUUAGUAAUGCUACUAUACGGAUGUGCAUGUUCGUGGUACAUGACUAAGCGUAUCCAGCGCGGACAGAACGAAGAUGUAAAUGGUGAACUUUUGAAAUUUACGUCGCGAUCGAUUAAAAUGCUCGAGUUUCACCACGUCAGUUGCUACACAGAAAGUGAAAGUCACCCACUUAAGGCACCCACCGAGCCCAAGCGAAUUUUGCACAAGAUCUCGGGCUGCGUAGCUCGAGGUGAGGUGCUGGCUUUGCUGGGACCAAGCGGCUCCGGCAAAACAACUCUACUGAAUGCUUUAGCAGCAGUGGAAAAUGGAAAAUCAGUGGUUUUUGGAGAGCUUUUGCUGGAUGGCAAACGUUUACCACGAGGUUACCGCCGCAUUGCUGCUUAUGUACAGCAAGACGAUUCGCUUUACUCGACACUUACGGUUAGAGAGUGUAUCUCGUACUCAGCACUGCUUCGCCUUCCCGCGUCUCUAUCGGAUUAUGCCAAGAGUACCAUCGUAGAUCAGGUGAUUUUUGAACUUAAUCUCAGUCACGUCGCGAAUUCGUGCAUUGGCUCACCGGGGGGUAGUAGUGGUCGCCGUGGUGUUUCUGGUGGUGAAAGAAAGCGGCCAUAUAUUACUGCACUUUUGAUAGCUGCAAGGCCACUCUAA